AUGAUCACUUCCCUCAAUAAUCUCAACUUGUCUCCAAAUAACUAAGAACUUAUCGAUUGCCAGCCAGAGGAUGUUCUUUUAGACUUUAAUAGUUAAACUAAUCAAAACCAUAUUUUAUAAGAGGAGUCUGAUAAACUGAUAGAAAUCUCACAAGAAAUUGAAGCUUUUGAUAAAUAAAUGACUUAGCAAUAACUAGGGGUAUUCAGAGCUAUGUCGGAUAACUUUGGAGAUCAGACUUAACUCAACGAAAUUGUAGAUAUCACAUAUCAUCGAACUAUUAAAGGUUAAAAAGGACGGCAAUAUUAUUGCGUUUGGAAGAAUCAUGAUCCAACUUGGGAAAACGAAAAGCUAAUUAAGAAUUAAGUUGAGGCUUUAAUCACAAGUUAUUGGCUUAAUAUUGGCAAGUAAAUUGAUGCUGAGAAUAGAAAGUACCCUGAUGAUCUUGAGACGCUUAAGAAAAAUAAUAAUGUCUAUAUAUAAUAACCUAAAUCAAUGUCAGGUUAUGAACUAGAAAGACCUGUAAAAUAAAAUUUAAUAAAGAAAUCUGUACUUCAUGUAACAAGAAAAAGACUCAAGACCUGCUCACCUAGUAAAUUUGAAAAAAAAUUUACACUAACCACAUCCACUAUACUUCUCACAGAAAUAUCUCCUCAGAAAGAAAAUAUAUUAAGCUAAGAUAAUCUCUCUCAGUAGUCUUCAGCAACUAUGUCUUACUAAGAUAUUGAAACUGCAUUACUUUCAAAUAUUGGCAACUGGAAGAAGUAAAGAAGACUUGGAAAUAAAGACAUAUUCAAAUGUAACGAAUGUGAAACUCUAAUGGAAGUUGAGAGGAAACAGCAAGAACAAGUAGUUCGUAUCAUUAAUUUUAAUAAAGACACAAUUCAUCACCAAUGGUUUGAUUAAAACCAUCUUGAGCCAUUCUCAACAAAAGAGUCUCUGAUAAAAUCUGAUAAAAUACAUACUAGUGUGGAAGCUUUCAUAAAACUCCAAAUGAGAGAGAAAAGGGGUUAUACGCCUCAAGAAAUUCUAGAGAACUUGAGAAGAGAAAGACCCCAGCUAUACAAGAACUUUAAGCCUUCAAUCGAAUAAAUCGCUUACUUUAUACUUGGAAACACCAGAGAGUUGGCUACAAAAGUUGAAAAGUUUAACAAUCAAAGAAUUACUAGAAGUAAAAAGAAGAAGAGUCUUUCAAAUAGAUUUCCUCAGUCCUUAGACGACAUUCCAAAGAAAAAAAGAUAAGUGAAAUCAGAUAAUAAGAUGGGUGAAUACUAUAAUAAAGUACUUAGAGCAAUUAAAAUAGAUGAUUAAAACAACCAAUCUCUAAAUAUAGCUCAAGAAAAAGAGACAUAUAAUGUUUUAGUAGAAAACCCUAAAUAAUAAAUUGAAAUAAUAGAAAAUAAUGAGAAUCUACAGCCAAACUAAUAGUAGAGCAUAGUGAAAGAAGUAAAAUAGCCAGAGAAAAAUAUUGGUCACAGAGUAACGUUCAACAACAUUGUUCAAUAAUAAAUAUUUGAAAAAGUUUAGUAUUCAGAUGAGGAUGAAAAAUAGCUACAGUCUAAAUUCUAACAAGAUUUUGAAGAUUCUGAUAAUUGUUCUCCUUCAAAGUAAGGAUAUAGCGAGUCAGAUGAAAAAAUUAAUGAAGAGGAUUUAUCCAUUUAUGAUAGCAUAGAUUCGGAUUAAGAGCAAUUUGAUAAUGGAAAUUUUUUGAAGUUUAUUAAGCAUUAAACUUUGAAGGCAAAUCAAGAGAGAGACUUCUUAAUGAAUUAAUUGAAAACCAAGGAGAGAAGAGGAAGUAUCUUCAUAGAUAAGGUGAAAAAGGUAAUCACAACAAUUAAAAGAGAUAGCGACUAAGAUAAAUACGACUACCUAAUUGAAUGGGAAUUCAAUAAGGAAGAUCUAAUUAUUCCUUCUACAUCACUAGUGAGAGGAUCUUUAUUUGCCUUCUGCUGCCCACUCUAAUUUAGAAGGUUUGCUGAGAAGAAAUACAAUUGA